AUGUCUGCCAAGGAGAACGCUCAGUCCAUCAAGGUCCUUGAUGACCUGAUGAAGAAGCUCUCCGUCUCCAAGGAGGCUCCUGAGAUCAAGGAGACCACCACUGCUCUGGCCAGCUUCAUCAACGGUCGCAUUGAGGACCAGGCCGCCCCUACCAAGACUGUUGAGGCUCUCAAGAAGGAGCUCGCCAACAAGAAGGAUGCUACCGCCAGGGAGAAGGCUCUCAGUGCCAUCCAGGCCAUUGCCCAGCACUCCGAGGUUGCCGCCAACGUCGAGCCCUACCUCGUUGUCCUCCUUCCCGCCACUUUGGCCGCUAUUGGCGACAAGAUCACCUCGGUCAAGAACGCCGCCAUUGCCGCCACCCUUGCCAUCGUUGAGGCCAUCACCCCCAACGCUGUCAAGGCCAUCCUUCCCCACAUUGUCAACUCCAUCCUGACUGCCCAGAAGUGGCCCGAGAAGAUCACUGCUCUCGAGUGCAUUGAGACCCUCGUCCGCACUGCCCCUGCUCAGCUCGCCUACCGUGUCCCUGAGCUCAUUCCUGUUGUCUCCGAGUCCAUGUGGGACACCAAGAAGGAGGUCAAGGAGCGCGCCUACAAGACCAUGGAGAAGAUUUGCGAGUUGAUUGUCAACAAGGAUAUCGAGCGCUUCAUUCCCGAGCUUAUCAAGUGUAUUGCCAAGCCCGAGAACGUCCCCGAGACUGUUCACUUGCUCGGUGCCACCACUUUCGUCACCGAGGUCCAGGAGCCUACUCUGGCUCUCAUGGUUCCUCUCCUGGACCGUGGUCUCGCUGAGCGUGAGACUGCCAUCAAGCGAAAGGCUGCCGUCAUUGUUGACAACAUGUGCAAGCUUGUCGACGACCCCAACAUCGUUGCUCCUUUCUUGCCCAAGAUGAUGCCCGCUCUCCAGAAGAACUUCGACAUCCUCGCUGACCCCGAGGCUCGUGAGAAGACCAAGCAGGCUCUCGACACCCUUACCCGUGUCGGUGCCGUCCAGAACGGCAAGAUCCCCGAGGUCCGCCACGACGGUGAUAUCGCCACCGUUCUCGGUCACCUCAAGGGUGCCAUCCCCAGCAAGCACGCCGGUGUUAUUGAGUCGCUUGCUCCCGUCGUUGAGUACGUUGCUGCCAUUGGUGGUCAGCUCGUCGACGAGAAGGAGGUUGAGACCUCCACCUGGGCUGGUGCCGUCAAGCCCUUCGUCACCGUCCUUGUCGGUGAGGCUGAUGCUGAUGCCGUUCUCGACACCCUCCGCAAGCGCGCCUCGUCCGCUCUGGCUGGCUCCGCUGAGGAGGAGGUCGACGAUGACGAGGGUGAGGACCUUUGCAACUGUACCUUCUCUCUUGCGUACGGUGCCAAGAUUCUGCUCAACCAGACCCACUUGCGUCUCAAGCGUGGUCGCCGCUACGGUCUUUGCGGUCCCAACGGUUCCGGAAAGUCUACACUCAUGCGCGCCAUCAACAACGAGCAGGUCGAGGGUUUCCCCAAGCAGAGCGAGGUCAAGACUGUCUUCGUCGAGCACGACUUGGACUCUGCCGAUACUGAGAUGACCACCAUCUCCUGGACCAUGAAGAAGCUCGAGGAGGCCAAGGUCGAUGUCUCCGAGGAGGAGGUCAAGAAGCGCCUUGACGAGUUCGGUUUCACUAAGCAGAUGAUUGAGGGUGAGAUCUCUGCUCUGUCUGGUGGUUGGAAGAUGAAGCUGGCUCUGUGCCGUGCCGUCUUCGAGGCUCCCGAUAUUCUGCUCCUCGACGAGCCUACUAACCACUUGGAUGUGAAGAACGUCAAGUGGCUUGAGGACUACCUCAUCAACUCCCCUUGCACUUCCAUCAUUGUCUCCCACGACUCUGGUUUCCUUGACAACGUCACCCAGUACAUUAUCCACUACGAGCGCUUCAAGCUCAAGCGUUACAAGGGUAACUUGAAGGCUUUCGUCGAGAAGAACCCCCACGCCAAGUCUUACUACGAGCUUGGCGAAUCUGAGAUUGAGUUCACCUUCCCCGAGCCCGGUUUCCUUGAGGGUGUCAAGACCAAGGCCAAGGCCAUCCUGCGUGCCACCAGGAUGAGCUUCCAGUACCCUGGUACCCCCAAGCCCCAGAUCAGCGACAUCACCUUCCAGUGCUCUCUGGGCUCUCGUAUUGCCGUCAUUGGUCCCAACGGUGCUGGCAAGUCUACCCUGAUCAACGUUCUCACUGGUGAGCUUAUCCCCACUUCCGGUGAGAUCUACCAGCACGAGAACAUCCGUAUCGCCUACAUCAAGCAGCACGCUUUCGCCCACAUUGAUAACCACUUGGACAAGACUCCUUCCGAGUACAUCCAGUGGCGUUUCCAGACUGGUGAGGAUCGUGAGACCAUGGACCGUGCCAACAAGAUCAUCACCGAGGAGGAUGAGAAGGCCAUGGACAAGGUCUUCCGUGUCGAGGGUACUCAGAGACGUGUCAUUGGUAUCAACUCGCGUAGAAAGUUCAAGAACUCCUACGAGUACGAGUGUUCUUUCGCCCUUGGUGAGAACAUUGGCAUGAAGAACGAGCGCUGGGUGCCCAUGAUGAGCGCCGACAACGCCUGGUUGCCCCGUAGCGAGCUGCUCGCUUCUCACCAGAAGAUGGUUGCUGAUGUCGAUAUGAAGGAGGCCCUUGCCUCUGGCCAGUUCCGUCCCCUGGUCCGUAAGGAGAUUGAGUCUCACUGCGCCAACUUUGGUCUGGAUGCUGAGCUUGUUUCUCACUCGCGUAUGCGUGGUCUGUCCGGUGGUCAGCGUGUCAAGGUCGUCCUGUCUGCUUGCUCGUGGCAGCGACCCCACUUGAUCGUUCUUGAUGAGCCUACCAACUAUCUCGACCGUGACUCUCUUGGUGCCUUGUCCAAGGCCCUGAAGAAGUUCGAGGGUGGUGUCAUCAUCAUUACUCACUCCGCCGAGUUCACAGCCAACAUCACUGAGGAAGUCUGGGCCGUCAUGGACGGUAAGAUGACACCUUCCGGCCACAACUGGGUUCAGGGCCAGGGUAGCGGUCCCCGUCUGACCGGCAAGGACGAUGAGGAGGAGGAGAAGUUCGACGCCAUGGGUAACAAGAUCGUGACCACCAAGAAGAAGGCCAAGCUUACUUCGUCGGAAGCACGUAAGAAGAAGAAGGAGCGUAUGGCCCGCCGCAAGCGUGGUGAGGAGGUCUUCUCUGACGAGGAGGACUAA